GGGUCUCCAGAGAGAGCCAGAGAAAGUGGCAGCAGCAGACUCAGACUGGGCAGUGUAGUGGGACCCUAAAACACCCCACCUCCCCAGCUACUGUGUGGAGUGCAAGGGAUGAGGAGGGGGACAAAGGCAAUUCACCUCUGUAGACCAAGUGAGAGGAAGAUGGAACAGGCCAGUCAGGGAAUAGGGAUGUCUGGCUCCAAGUUUUCUGUGGGGCAUUAUUUCUUCCUAGUUAAGGACUCUUUUGGGGAUGCUUUGGGCCAGUCACACAAGACAAGACAUUAGAAAGGUCACCUGGAUGUCAGCAUGGCAGCCACAAACCUGGAGAACCAGCUGCAUAGUGCACAGAAGAACCUUCUCUUCCUCCAGCGGGAGCAUGCCAGCACACUCAAGGGGCUGCAUGCUGAGAUCCGGCGGCUGCAACAGCACUGCACAGAUCUAACAUAUGAGUUGACCCUCAAAAGUUUUGAACUGACAGGAGAUGGCUCUUCCAGAACGACGGAGCUGAAGAGGCGCUGUGAAGAGCUGGAGGCCCAGCUGAAGGCCAAGGAGGAAGAAAACCGCAAGUUAUUGCAAGAACUGGAGCAGAAGAACGCUGCCAUCGCUGUGCUGGAGAACACGGUGCGUGAGAGAGAGAAGAAGUACCUGGAGGAGCUGAAGGUGAAGAGCCACAAGCUGAGCAUGCUGUCAGGGGAGUUAGAGCAGCGCGCCAGCACCGUGGCCUACCUCACCUCUCAGCUACAUGCAGCCAAGAAGAAACUACUAAGCUCCAGCGGCACCUCUGACGCCAGCCCAGCUGGCAGCCCUGCACUGGCCAGCUACAAGCCCACACCACCCAAGGACAAGCUGCCUGAGACACCCCGUCGCCGCAUGAAGAAGAGCCUGUCGGCCCCACUGCACCCUGAGUUUGAGGAAGUCUACAGGUUCGGAGCUGAGAGCCGCAAACUCCUUCUGCGGGAGCCGGUGGAUGCAAUGCCAGAUCCCACCCCGUUCCUGCUGGCCCGGGAGUCUGCUGAGGUCCAGCUCAAAGAGCGGCCUCUUGUCAUACCUCCCAUCGCCUCAGACCGUGGCGCCAGUGGGCAACAUAGCCCAGCCCGAGACAAGUCACACAAGACCCACGUUGGGGUGGCUCAUCGCAUCCAUCAUGCCAGUCCACCACAGCCCCAGUCUGAGGGAGAGACGAGGGCUGUGGACCAAGUGAACACAGGGAAGGUAGUUCGGAAGCACUCAGGGACGGACCGAACUGUGUGAAGCCUGCGGCUACCACCGCAGCCAUCCAUGCACUGUGAGCGCCACAGGGAACCUCGCCCACACCUUCCUCACCCCACUCAUGCCAAAUGUUUCCUACCGUCGCAGCCUGGCUCCUGGCCCCAUAGUGAUACAAUGGUGUCUCCACUGAAGAUAUUUACUGGCACUGUGGCCAAUGCCUGCAUGCCUAUAGCUUGCUUCUAGCCCCACGCCAUGAGAUCUCGGCACACUCCUUAACAAGGACCAGGCCACGGCUGCAUCACAUGCCACACUCAGAAUCAAAACCGCUUGAAGUCAAAGCAAAAUAAGGACCCACCCCUCCCGAUAUCCAGGGCAGCCUAUGAGAGCAGAGCAGCAGCUUCUGCUUCCUCCUGGAACUCCUACCUUCCCACAGACCCUUUGCCAAGCAGCUGUAAGCAAGAUGACCUCACCCCUCAUGUCAGCCCAACCUGAAUGUGUGUUCAUAAUUUUUUGUUAGUUUCACCCAAGUGUUCAGGAUCCAACAAAUGUUAUUUUCUAAACCCA